AUGCGACUCCGCGACAACGACAGAGACGUUAUGCUCCGCGAAGCCGUCAAGGUUGCCUCACCUGCCGUGCUCGCCGGAAGCGCUGUGAUAUCCAACAUCCCCGGAGACAAAUCUCUAAAGAACCAGAAUAAGGCCACUGCGAUCCACUCAAAUUCAGAAGCACUCAGUACACAAACCAACAACGUUAACGUUGGUUCAGCAACAGAUGCAUAUCUUACAGCAUCGAUAAUUACAAAUGGAAAUGGAAGCAUACCAAGAAGUUUGGCCGCCGAAACUAUGUUUGCGCGUCAGCUCAGCCCUACUGAAGCUUCUCGUGAGCGGUAUCUGUUGACGUACUAUAUACAUACGUUCAUCCCUCAAGUUACCCUUGUCCAGUCGCCAUCUAAUUUCUUCACAUCGCUGUACAUUCCUAUGGCAUUCCACUAUAGCGGUGUUAUGGAUGCAAUCAUCGCUUCCUCUGCAGCUCAUCUUGCAAAGUCGGUUCAUGGAUCAGACAAGAUAAAAGAACUCAAUUCCGUGGCCAUCCGCCGCCAGCAGCUGGCGCGUGAGUUCGUUACAGAGCAUACGACAUGCCCCAAGAGCUCUGGGCACUUCCUAUAUCAUGAUGUAAUGUCUCUCAUCAUGGAGGAUGUGUUAGACCCAGAGACGCAAGCAGAUUUGUCAAAGAGAAGCGGUCCUUUCAGCGACUGUGCUGCGACUCUUUCGGUACCCCGAACGCAAGAUCUGUCGGGGCAGGAAGUCGUAACAAAAUCCAUAAGCCCGUCAGAAUUUCAUCAGUACGGAAGCGCGCCUCAAGGUGUCGACUGUCUGCUUGGCUUGUCCAAGGAUUUGUUCAGCACCAUUACCCAGCUGAGGCGUCUACCAAGUCGAGAUUCUGAGCUCAUCGACAUGGAAGCGCCAGCGUUUCUCAAAAUCGAAACUGAUCUUACUAACUGGCAGUACGAUCAUGCAAUAGCAUCGGCAUUGGACUUCAACACUCGUUUAGAUCUGAUUGCACUUUCCGAAUGUCAUCGUCUUACCGCACUAAUUCUCCUCUAUCGACGAUAUCCCAGUCGAUCGUAUUGUUUGCCACAUUUGGCGUCGCAGGUCAUAGGUGUUCUUUCCAGAAUAACUCCAAGCAGUGCAGUGAUCUCUGCUUUGACUCCGGUUCUAUUUUUGGCUGGCGCCGAACUGAACUCCGAGGUGGAGAUGGCAUUAUGCGCAGCAAGGCUCAAGAGUAUCAGGGAGGCCAACAAGAUGAUGAACAUAGCCGCUGUAGAAGAAAUUCUUCGAGUUAUUUGGGAAGAGCGAUUGCAGAAGAAGGGUCGGGCAGACUGGCUGGAGAUUCUGCGAACUCGGCGAUGGACUUUGAGCCUGGGAUAA